AUGCUUCUCAAACAGCCCCAGCCCCAGCCCCAGCCACCAGCCUCAGCCCUCAGCCCCCAGCCUCAGCCCCCAGCCUCUGCCCCAGCCCCCAGCCUCAGCCCCCAGCCUCAGCCCCUAGGCCCCAGGCCCCAGCCUCAGCACCCAGCCUCAGCCCCCAGCCCCAGCCCCAGCCCCAGCCCCUGCCCCUGGCCCCAGCCCCAGCCACAGCCCCAGCCUCAGCCUCAGCCUCAGCCUGAGCCACAACCCCAGCCACAGCCCCAGCCCCAUCAGCAUUCUCAACCCCAGCCCCUGCCACAGCCCCCUCCUCAGCCCCAGCUACAGCCUCAGCUCCAGCCCCAGCAACAAACGCCAGCCCCAAGCCCCAGCCCCAGCCCCAGCCCUAGUCCCAGUCCCAGCCCCAGCCCCAGCACCAGCCCCAGCACCAGUCCCAGCUCCAGCCCACCCAGUCCCAGCCCCAGCCCUAGUCCCAGCCCCAGCACCAGUCCCAGCCCCAGCCCCAGCCCUAGUCCCAGCCCCAGCACCAGCCCCAGCCCCAGCCCCAGCCCUAGUCCCAGCCCCAGCACCAGCCCCAGCCCCAGCCCUAGUCCCAGCCCCAGUCCCAGCCCCAGCACCAGCCCCAGCCCCAGUCCCAGCCCCAGCCCUAGUCCCAGCCCCAGCACCAGUCCCAGCCCCAGCCCUAGUCCCAGCCCCAGCACCAGUCCCAGCCCCAGCCCCAGCCCUAGUCCCAGCCCCAGCACCAGUCCCAGCCCCAGCCCUAGUCCCAGCCCCAGUCCCAGCCCUAGUCCCAGCCCCAGCACCAGUCCCAGCCCCAGCCCCAGCCCUAGUCCCAGCCCCAGCACCAGUCCCAGCCCCAGCCCUAGUCCCAGCCCUAGUCCCAGCCCUAGUCCCAGCCCCAGCCCCAGCCCCAGUCCCAGCCCCAGUCCCAGCCCCAGUCCCAGCACCAGUCCCAGCCCCAGUCCCAGCCCCAGCCCCAGCCCCAGCACCAGUCCCAGCCCCAGCCCCAGCUACAGCCUCAGCUCCAGCCCCAGCAACAAACGCCAGCCCCACCCCAGCCCCUUUCCCAGCCCCAGCACCAGUCCCAGCCCCAGCCCUAGUCCCAGCCCCAGUCCCAGCCCCAGUCCCAGCCCCAGCCCCAGCCCCAGUCCCAGCCCCAGUCCCAGCCCCAGUCCCAGCACCAGCCCCAGUCCCAGCCCCAGCCCCAGCCCCAGCCCCAGUCCCAGCCCCAGCCCCAGCCCCAGCCCCAGCCACCCCAGCCCCAGCCCCAUCACCAGCCCCAGUCCCAGCCCCAGCCCCAGUCCCAGCCCCAGCCCCAGCACCAGCCCCAGCACCAGCCCCAGCGCCAGCCCCAGUCCCAGCAGCCCCAGCCCCAGCCCCAGCCCCAGCCCCAGCCCCAGUCCCAGCCCCAGCACCAGUCCCAGCCCCAGCCCUAGUCCCAGCCCUAGUCCCAGCCCCAGUCCCAGCCCCAGCCCCAGCCCCAGUCCCAGCCCCAGUCCCAGCCCCAGUCCCAGCACCAGUCCCAGCCCCAGUCCCAGCCCCAGCCCCAGCCCCAGCACCAGUCCCAGCCCCAGCCCCAGCUACAGCCUCAGCUCCAGCCCCAGCAACAAACGCCAGCCCCACCCCAGUCCCAGCCCCAGCACCAGCCCCAGCACCAGCCCCAGCGCCAGCCCCAGUCCCAGCCCCAGUCCCAGUCCCAGCCCCAGUCCCAGUCCCAGCCCCAGCCCCAGCACCAGCCCCAGCCCCAGCACCAGCCCCAGCCCCAGUCCCAGUCCCAGUCCCAGCCCCAGUCCCAGCCCCAGCCCCAGCACCAGUCCCAGUCCCAGCCCUAGUCCCAGUCCCAGUCCCAGUCCCAGCCCCAGCACCAGCCCCAGCCCCAGCCCAAGUCCCAGUCCCAGUCCCAAUCCCAGCCCCAGCCCCAGCCCUAGUCCCAGCACCAGUCCCAGCCCCAGCACCAGCACCAGCCCCAGCACCAGUCCCAGCCCCAGCCCUAGUCCCAGCCCCAGCACCAGUCCCAGCCCCAGCCCUAGUCCCAGCCCCAGCACCAGUCCCAGCCCCAGCCCCAGCCCCAGUCCCAGCCCCAGCACCAGUCCCAGCCCCAGCCCUAGUCCCAGCCCCAGUCCCAGCCCUAGUCCCAGCCCCAGCACCAGUCCCAGCCCCAGCCCCAGCCCUAGUCCCAGCCCCAGCACCAGUCCCAGCCCCAGCCCUAGUCCCAGCCCUAGUCCCAGCCCCAGCCCCAGUCCCAGCCCCAGUCCCAGCCCCAGUCCCAGCACCAGUCCCAGUCCCAGCCCCAGCCCCAGCCCCAGCCCCAGCACCAGUCCCAGCCCCAGCUACAGCCUCAGCUCCAGCCCCAGCAACAAACGCCAGCCCCACCCCAGUCCCAGCCCCAAGCCCAGCCCCAGUCCCAGCCCCAGCCCCAGCACCAGCCCCAGCACCAGCCCCAGCGCCAGCCCCAGCCCCAGCCCCAGUCCCAGUCCCAGCCCCAGUCCCAGCCCCAGCCCCAGCCCCAGGCCCAGCCCCAGCCCCAGUCCCAGUCCCAGCCCCAGCCCCAGCACCAGCCCCAGCCCCAGCCCCAGCCCCAGUCCCAGCCCCAGUCCCAGCCCCAGCACCAGUCCCAGUCCCAGCCCUAGUCCCAGUCCCAGCCCCAGUCCCAGCCCCAGCACCAGCACCAGCCCCAGCCCCAGCCCAAGUCCCAGUCCCAGUCCCAAUCCCAGCCCCAGCCCCAGCCCCAGCCCCAGCCCCAGUCCCAGUCCCAGCCCCAGCCCCAGCCCCAGUCCCAGCCCCAGCCCCAGCCCCAGCCCCAGCCCUAGUCCCAGCCCCAGCACCAGUCCCAGCCCCAGCCCCAGCCCCAGCACCAGUCCCAGCCCCAUCCCUAGUCCCAGCCCCAGCACCAGUCCCAGCCCCAGCCCCAGUCCCAGCCCCAGCACCAGUCCCAGCCCCAGCCCCAGCCCUAGUCCCAGCCCCAGCACCAGUCCCAGCCCCAGCCCUAGUCCCAGCCCCAGUCCCAGCCCUAGUCCCAUCCCCAGCCCCAGCCCCAGCCCCAGCCCCAGUCCCAGCCCCAGUCCCAGCACCAGUCCCAGUCCCAGCCCCAGCCCCAGCCCCAGCCCCAGCACCAGUCCCAGCCCCAGCCACAGCCCCAGCCCCAGCCCCAGCCCCAGUCCCAGCCCCAGCACCAGUCCCAGCCCCAGCCCCAGCCCCAGCACCAGUACCAGCCCCAGUCCCAGCCCCAGUCCCAGCCCCAGCCCCAGUCCCAGCACCAGUCCCAGCCCCAGCCCCAGUCCCAGCCCCAGCCCCAGCCCCAGCCCCAGCCCUAGUCCCAGCCCCAGUCCCUGCCCCAGCCCCAGCCCCAGUCCCAGCCCCAGCCCCAGUCCCAGUCCCAGCCCCAGUCCCAGCACCAGUCUCAGCCCCAGCCCCAGCCCCAGCCCCAGCCCCAGCCCCAGUCCCAGUCCCAGCCCCAGUCCCAGCACCAGUCCCAGUCCCAGCCCCAGUCCCAGCCCCAGUCCCAGCCCUAGUCCCAGCCCCAGCACCAGUCCCAGCACCAGCCCCAGCCCCAGUCCCAGACCCAGCACCAGCCCCAGCCCCAUUCACAGACCCAGUCCCAGCCCCAGCCCCAGCCCCAGUCCCAGACCCAGUCCCAGCCCCAGUCCCAGCACCAGUCCCAGCCCCAGUCCCAGCCCCAGCCCCAGCCCCAGCACCAGUCCCAGCCCCAGCCCCAGCCAGCCAGCUCCAGCCCCACCCCAGUCCCAGCCCCCCCAGCCCCAGACCCCAGUCCCAGCCCCAGCACCAGCCCCAGCACCAGCCCCAGCGCCAGCCCCAGUCCCAGCCCCAGUCCCACCCAGUCCCAGUCCCAGUCCCAGCCCCAGCCCCAGCCCCAGCCCCAGCCCCAGCCCCAGCCCUAGUCCCAGCCCCAGCACCAGUCCCAGCCCCAGCACCAGCACCAGCCCCAGCCCCAGUCCCAGCCCCAGCCCCAGUCCCAGCCCCAGCACCAGUCCCAGCCCCAGUCCUAGUCCCAGCCCCAGCACCAGUCCCAGCCCCAGCCCCAGCCCUAGUCCCAGCCCCAGCACCAGUCCCAGCCCCAGCCCUAGUCCCAGCCCCAGUCCCAGCCCCAGUCCCAGCCCCCCAGCACCAGUCCCAGCCCCAGCCCCACCCCAGCCCCAGCCCCAGUCCCAGCCCCAGCCCCAGCCCCAGCCCAGCCCAGCCCCAGCCCCAGCCCCAGCUCCCAGCCCCAGCCCAGCCCCAGCCCCAGUCCCAGCCCCAGCCCAGCCCCAGUCCACAGCCCCAGCCCCAGUCCCAGCCACAGCCCCAGCCCCAGCCCCAGCCCCAUCACCAGCCCCAGUCCCAGCCCCAAGCCCCCCCAGUCCCCCCAGCCCCCCCAGCCCCAGCCCCAGCCCCAGCCCCAGUCCCAGCCCCAGCCCCAGUCCCAGCCCCAGCCCAGCCCCACCCCAGCCCCAGCCCAGCCCCAGCCCCAGUCCCAGUCCCAGCCCCAGCCCCAGCACCAGUCCCAGCCCCAGCCCCAGCCCUUGUCCCAGCCCCAGCCCCCCAGCAGUCCCAGCCCCAGUCCCAGCCCCAGCACCACCCAGCCCCAGCCCCAGCCCCAGUCCCAGCCCCAGCCCCAGUCCCAGCCCCAGCCCCAGCCCCAGUCCCAGCCCCAGCCCAGUCCCAGCCCCAGCCCCAGUCCCAGCCCCACCCCAGCCCCAGUCCCAGCCCCAGCCCAGCCCCAGCCCACAGCCCCAGCCCCAGUCCCCCCAGCCCCAGCCCCAGCCCCAGCCCCAGCCCAGCCCAGUCCCAGCCCCAGCCCAGCAGCCCCAGCCCCAGCCCCAGCAGCCACAGCCCCAGCCCAGCCACAGCCCCAGCCCCAGCCCCAGCCCAGCCCAGCCCCAGCACCAGCCCCAGCCAGUCCCAGCCCAGCAGCCCCAGCCCAGCCCCAGCCAGCCCCAGUCCCAGCCCCAGCCACAGCCCCAGCCACAGCCAGCCCCAGCCCAGCCACAGCCCCAGCCCAGCCCCAGCCACAGCCACAGCCCCAGCCCCAGCCCCAGCCCCAGCCCAGCCCCAGCCCCAGUCCCCACAGCCACAGCCCCCAGUCCCAGCCCCAGCCCCAGCCAGCCCCAGCCACAGUCCCAGCCACAGCCACAGCCUCAGCCCCAGCCUCAACCCCAGCCACAGCCCCAGCCACACCCACAGCCACAGCCACAGCCACCAGCCCCAGCCCCACAGCCACAGCCACAGCCACAGCAACAGCAACAGCCAUAGCCACAGCCCCAGUCACAGGCCCAGCCCCAGCCCCAGCCACAGCCCCAGCCACAGCCCCAACCACAGCCACAGUCCCAUCCACAACCACAGCCUCAGCCCCAGCCACAGCCCCAGCCACAGCCACAGCCACAACCACAGGCCCAUCCACAGACACAGCCUCAGCCACAGCAACAGCCACAGCCUCAGCCCCAGCCACAGCCACAGCCACAGCCACAGCCACAGCCCACAGACCAGCCACAGCCACAGCCCCAGCCCCAGCCCCAGCCACAGCCACAGCCACAGCCCCAGCCCCAGCCACAGCCACAGCCACAGCCACAGCCUCAUCCACAGACACAGCCACAGCCACAGAAACAGCCCCAGCCACAGCCCCAUCCACAGACACAGCCACAGCCACAGCCCCAGCCCCAGCCCCAGCCCCAGCCACAGCCACAGCCACAGCCACAGCCACAGCCACAGCCUCAUCCACAGACACAGCCACAGCCACAGCAACAGCCAUAGCCACAGCACCAGUCACAGGCCCAGCCCCAGCCACAGCCACAGCCCCAUCCACAGACACAGCCACAGCCACAGCCACAGCAACAGCCAAAGCCACAGCCCCAGUCACAGGCCCAGCCCCAGCCACAGCCACAGCCCCAGCCACAGCCCCAAACACAGCCACAGUCCCAUCCAACACAGGAUAAAAGAUGA